CUAGUCGCUGAUGCACAAAAUAAGAGACAGAGAAAAGCCUUCUGUUUAAUUGCUUCUUGUUCUGUUCAAGAAGAACAAUGUCUCCUCCUCCUUCUACUAGUUUCUUUUCAGUGACAAUAGUCUUGCUAGGAAUGAUGCUGCCCCAGUCGAAAGCUCAAUUAAACACAACUUUUUACGCUAAUACAUGCCCCAAUGUGUCUAGCAUCGUUAGCAACGUUGUUCAGCAGGCUUUUCAAUCUGAUUCUCGGAUUGGCGCCAGCCUUAUUCGCCUCCAUUUUCAUGAUUGCUUCGUCAAUGGAUGUGAUGCUUCAAUUCUACUAGACAACAGUUCAAGCAUACUCAGCGAAAAAUUUGCCGCGCCCAAUGUUAACUCCACUCGGGGUUUCGGUGUUGUUGACAACAUCAAGACUGCCGUGGAGAAUUCUUGCCCUGGUGUUGUCUCCUGCGCUGACAUUCUUGCACUUGCUGCCGAAUCAUCUGUUUCUCAGUCAGGAGGUCCUUCAUGGAGUGUUCUGCUGGGAAGAAGGGAUAGUCUAACAGCAAAUCAGGCAGGAGCCAAUACAUCAAUCCCUUCUCCUUUUGAAGGCCUAAACAACAUCACUGCAAAGUUCUCUGCAGUAGGUCUAAACACCAAUGACCUUGUCGCAUUAUCUGGAGCACACACAUUCGGACGUGCACAAUGUCGAACAUUUAGCAACAGGCUGUACAAUUUUAGCAACACAGGCAACCCUGACUCAACAUUAAACACAACAUACUUGACUACUCUGCAACAAAUAUGUCCACAAAAUGGCAGUGGAACUGCUUUGGCCAACCUUGAUCCUACAACUUCAGAUGCCUUUGACAAUAAUUACUUCACCAACCUACAAAACAAUCAAGGUCUUCUCCAAUCAGACCAAGAGUUAUUUUCCACAUCUGGCUCUGCCACAAUCACUCUUGUCAAUAACUUCAGCAGCAACCAAACUGCCUUCUUCCAGAGUUUUGUUCAGUCAAUGAUUAAUAUGGGUAAUAUUAGCCCAUUAACUGGGAGUAGUGGAGAGAUCAGGUCAGACUGCAAAAAGGUGAAUGGAAGUUAGGUUAUGCGAUCCUUAUGUAGAGGAGCUCAUUGUUUUGGAAAAGAAAAACAACCAUUAUUAUAUGAGGCAGACGUGCUUUUAAUUAAAGAAAGAAAAAUCAAAUGUUUGUUUUCAAUUAGGGUGGCAAGUUGCAGGAAAGUAAGGGAAAAACAAGUAAUUUAUCAUGGGAACUUCUGGAGUUGUCAAAUAUUUGUUGGGGUUAGCUUUAUAAUUGCUCUUUGAAUGGUCAAAUAUUUCGUUUAUGUAUCAUUGGUGUAUCCUAAAGUCAUAUGACAUUAUAAAAAAAAAAAAAGAUGUAUUUGAUGGAUU